UUAUAGAGAACUUUUUCAUAAGAGAGCUUGAGAAGCCAACUUCACCCGUAACAGAGUGCACGCUUCAUCACCUCGGCCUUACCAUAUUCACCGCACAACAUGCCUUCAGCGAGUCUUCAACUGAGAUAUGCGUCACCGGAAAGAAGAAUCGCGGACAUUGUCGCUAUUACUUUUGAUAUGGUGACUGAAAUUGCAUUGCUUGCAUUUCUCAGCAGUUCAUGUCUGAUCAGAAGACCGAGACAUCAUCCGAACGCGAUUCCAUUCAAAUCCCUUUUCAUCUGCCUUUUAAGUCAUAUAAUCACAGAUCUAUAUCGCUUCUUCUGUCUGAUUCAUUACGCGUUCUGUUCCCCGAGAGAAAACUGCCGGGAAACCGUCGCGCCAUGGCAAUAGUUGGAAAUAUUUGCUGUUCACCGCGCCGCAAUAGGGCCACCAAGUCUGUCCUUGCGUUGAACGUGCAAGGGGCAUUUUGGUCAUCUUAUUCAUUGUUUCU